AUGGCAGAUUACUGUGAUCUUGAUCGCUACCGGGACCCGGCCAUCAGCCAAUUGCCGAUGUUGCAGGUCUACUCUCACAUUCUUUACUAUUUCCCCAUGCCCAAUGGCGUAUCUCGCGAACAUAUUAUUCAAGAGUUCGAAGCAGCUAUCACCAAGGUCCGACAGGAGGUGCCUUGGAUGGGGGCUCGAGUUGUAAAUGUCGGCAAAACAGACACCAAUUCAGGGACUUAUAAACCCAUCGCAUGUCCUCUGCCGAAGAACGCCAUCGAUGUCGCAGACUACACAGAUGAAAUUCCAGAAUAUGCUGCAAUCCGCGCAAAAAGGGCACCCCUCUCCAUGAUCGACACGGAGAGACUAACACCCGUGUCUGGAUUUCCGAAGAAAUUUGAGGACUCGGACGAGGAUCCCGCACAUGUUGUCCGGCUACAGGCCAGCUUUAUACGCGGUGGUGUGGUGGUGGAUUUCGCGUUCCAGCACAACAUGGGGGAUGCGAGCGGUCACUUUGGCUUCGUGAAGUUGAUAGCAACAGCGAUGCGCGGCGAAGAAUUUCCGCCCUAUUUCCUCGAGAAGGCGAAUCUAGACCGUAGAAAUGCCAUACCUCUUUUAGGCCCGAAUGAACCUGUACUAGACCACAGUCAUCACAAGCGCCCGCCGGUCACUGACUCUACGCCUUUUGUGCCUCGCAAAGAUGCGAGGUACCAUGUGUUCCGGUUCACGCCGGCAAAUAUGGCGAAAAUCAAGGAUAUGGCGAAUCAGCGUCAGGGCUUUGAUCCAGAGGUUCCCUUCAUCUCCACCGACGAUGCUGUCUGCGCGUUUUGCUGGCAGCACUUUAUUGCCAUUCGCAAAGACCGCUUCCCCCCCGAUACUAUGUCGCGGUUUGGGAGGCAGAUAGACGGCCGCAAGCUUGUUGGGCUCCCGCCGGAUUAUAUGGGCGAGGUAGCGCACACCAUGUCUGCGUGGAUGACCUUCCAGCAGCUCACCGAAGCGCCCCUUUCGACGGUGGCCUCCUAUUUGCGUAAACGGCUCAACGAAACGAACAACCUGCACCAUCUGAGAAGCUUCGCUACUUUCAUCGCACGAGAUCCUGACAAGUCAACGAUUACAUGGGCCGGACAAUUCAAUCCCGAUGUUGAUAUUGGGUGCUCGUCCAUCCGCACGCUUGCUGGGGUGUUUCCUGAAUUCGGCAAACUGGGGAAACCUGAGUUCAUUCGACGGCCCCCAAGCGUGCCCUUUCCAAGUACAUUGGUUCUUUACCCGGGGUCCCCGGAAGGCGACUGUGACGCUAUCGCCUGUCUUACUGAUGCCGACUUCGAGGCGUUGAGUGCAAACCCAGAGUGGACGAAAUAUGUUGAGCACAUCGGUUGA